UCACCUCCACGCCCUUUGUCUGACUUCCGCAAUUACCUCACCCCUUCACUUUCUUUCUUUUUCACUUUUGUCUUUGUUUUCUCAGGAAACAAACACUACUAUACAAGAAAAAGAAAAAUGUCGUGGGAAUCAUGUUUUCUGUUCAUUCCUCAAAAUGGGUUCUCGUCUUUACUUCUGAACUUCAAUGCUUUACUCUGUUCUAUUCUUUUCGUCGCCGUUUUCGCUUUCUGGCUUUCACCCGGUGGGAUUGCUUGGGCUCUGUCCAAGUCUCGAGUUGGUCACCAUGGACAUGCUCCAAACGCUAUUCCUGGACCUUCAGGUCUUCCUUUGCUGGGUCUGGUUUUGGCUUUUUGUAAUGGAUCUUUGACCCACCGAGUUCUCGCUAAGCUUUCAGAAAGCUUUAGAGCGAGAUCGCUAAUGGCAUUCUCAGUCGGAUUGACCCGUUUUGUCGUUUCGAGCCAACCAGAAACGGCGAAAGAGCUUCUCAACAGCUCAGCCUUCGCAGAUCGACCCGUUAAGGAGUCGGCCUACGAGCUUCUCUUUCACCGGGCCAUGGGUUUCGCUCCUUACGGCGAGUACUGGAGGAACCUGAGGAGAAUCUCUGCGACCCACUUGUUCAGCCCGAGACGAAUCACCUGUUUCGGCGAGUUUCGGGCCAGGAUCGGGCUCGAAAUGGUGGAAGGCAUGAGGGUUUUGAUGCAGAUGGAUGGGGAGAUCCAAGUGAAAAAACUCUUGCAUUAUGGGUCUUUGAACAAUGUAAUGAUGAGCGUUUUUGGAAAAAGUUAUGCGUUUGGUGAACUGGGUCAAAGUGAUCGGAGUGACUCCGGCGCUGGUAACGAGGCGGCGGAACUGGAAGGAUUGGUGAGAGAAGGGUAUGAUCUUCUUGGGGUUUUUAACUGGAGUGAUCAUUUUCCGCUGUUGGAGUUUUUGGAUAUUCAAGGAGUGAGAAAGAGGUGUAAGGAACUGGUUUCCAGAGUGAAUGUUUUCGUUGGGAAAAUUAUUGAGGAGCAUAGGGAAAGGAGGGCUGAUAAUAUUGAUGCUACUCAUGAAGGAUCGGACCCGAUCAAGGGUUCCGAUCAAUCUGAGGAUGAGACUGGCCGUGAUUUUGUUGAUGUGCUCCUUGAUUUAGAGAAGGAAAAUCGACUCAGUAACUCGGAUAUGAUUGCUGUGUUAUGGGAAAUGAUAUUUAGAGGAACAGACACAGUAGCAAUCCUCCUGGAAUGGAUUCUAGCAAGAAUGAUUCUCCACCCAGAGAUCCAAUCUAAGGCCCAGUCUGAAAUAGAUGCGGUGGUUGGUGGAACUCACCGCCCGGUAUCUGAUUCCGACCUCCCAAACCUUCAUUACCUCCAAGCCAUUGUGAAAGAAACCCUAAGGGUCCACCCACCAGGGCCUCUCCUAUCUUGGGCCAGGCUCUCCAUCCAUGACACCCACAUAGGUCAACACUUCAUCCCGGCCGGCACCACAGCUGUUGUUAACAUGUGGAGUAUAACCCAUGAUGAACAGGUCUGGCCCGAGCCUAACUGUUUCAACCCGGAUAGGUUUAUGAUCAAACAAGAUCAUGGUGAUGAUCUUAGUGUUGUAAUUUCCAUAAUGGGUUCUGAUCUUAGGUUGGCUCCUUUUGGUUCUGGAAGAAGGGUUUGCCCAGGUAAAGCCAUGGGGUUAGCCUCAGUUGAGCUAUGGCUGGCUCAGAUGCUCCAAAGCUUCAAAUGGGUUCCUGCUAAUGAUUCUGGGGUUGACUUGUCAGAGACUCUGAAACUGUCUUUGGAGAUGAAGCACUCCUUGGUUUGCAAGGUCAUUCCUAGGGUUUACUGAUAUCAUACUCUCUCAAGCAAGUUUUAUAUAUUUUCCUAUAUUUUGGGGUUGCUGUUAUCAUGUCAUAUAUUUUAUGUUGUGCUAGUUUGAUCAUUUGAAAAGUUGAAAAAACUUAUUUCAUUUCCUUGGGUUUGUUUCAUCUGUUAUAAAAAGAGGUUUCUUUGCGUGCUAAUAUAUAGGAAAGUUAUUAAUAUUGGCACACUGUAGUCCGUUUGGGUUAUUAAUUAUCUUUAUUUGUAUUUUUCUUCAGUAAAAGGCUAAACUUGUAGGGUUUGUAUGGUGGAAAAAAUGUUUGCUUGGUUCUGUGUAAAUCUGCCUCGUGUUUAAAUGAAAUGAAAUCAUCAGUUUGUCUUUAAA